AUGGAAGAUAAGAAAAGACAAAAAGAUAUGGUUGAAAUUCUUUCUUAUGAGCCUCCCCUAAAAAAACAAGUUUUUGAAAAUGUUUUAGGAGUUGAAGAAGAAGUAGAAGAUUUUCAGAAGGAAGCAAUAUGGAGAAGAAUGCAAGAAUAUAAACGAGAAGCAAUUAGAGCAAAAGAACGGGUAGAAGAACUAGAAAAAAGGAUAAAAUAUCAAGAUGAACAUUUGGUAACAAUAGAUGCAUGGUUUGAUGAAUUUUUGAACGAAAUAUAUAUAUAUUCAGGAGCAAAAGGGACAUUAGAAGCAGGAAUAAUGAAUGAAGGAAAUUUUCCUGGAUUACUAUUUGAAAGCGAUACAAAGUUUAAAUGUCAUUUAAGUGAAAAAAAGAGUAAAAUUAUGAAUAUAGCGGGAUCUAUUUUAAAUAUGGUUAAAUCAUCAUGUAUAGAAGAUACAGAAAUAGAAAGAAUCAAGAAUUAUGCAGCAAAGCUAUCAUCUGAUUUAACGAUAGCAAGAUCUUAUAUUGAACAAUUAAAAUUAGAAAGAGAAAAUAAUGAAAAAAAAAUGGAAGAAAUGUUUUAUGAAAUAAUGUCUUUAGAGAAAAAAAUAGAUCGAGAAAAGAGUAUGACGCUAUCUAAGAUGAAAUUGAAUGCUAUGAAAAAGCCUCAAGAGGAAGGAAGCAAUAUAAAAUUAGUGGAAGUAACAAAAACGUCUAAAUUGGAAGAGAAUAAAUCAAACGAAAAUAUAGAAGCCAUUGAAAUAAAAUUGAAAGAAAUGAAUGUUAUUAAUGAAAAAAGAUUAUCAGAAAUCUCUAAAUUAAACAACCAAAAUUCGAAAUUACGUGAGCAAUUAUUAAAUCUUGAACUUAAACUAAAAAAUCCAUCUGAAGAGGAAAUUAUAAAUUCAGAUCUAUAUUAUUCAUUAAAAUCUAAAUAUGAACUUUGUGCUGCAAAAAUUAAAGAAAUUGAACCAGCAUAUGAAUCUCUUAAUAAAGAAGUUGAAAAAUUGCGUUUGGAAAGACUGGAAUUUAAAGAAGAACUUCUUAAUGAACAAAGAAAUAUAAUUACUGACAUGAGAGAUCAGCUAAGUAAAGUAGAACAAGAUCUUGCUCGUGUUAGAACUGUACGAGAUGAGCUUCUGUCUCAACUUAAUAUAAAGAAAGCAACAGAGUUUGAAAAUUCUACCGCAAAAAAAGAACUUCUGGAGCUUUUAGAGACUCGUAAUACAAGAAUUACUGCUUUGGAGGAGCAACUUCAACGUCUAAAUAAUCAGAUCAAACAGGAUUGUGAACUAGGAAAUGAUGUGAAUUUGGAAAAAUCUAAAGAAGAGCUUUUAAAACAAAUUGAACGUCUGGAAAAGCAAAAUAAAAGCUUAAGCUCAGAACUUCUAGCCUUAGAACAAGCUUUUAAUAAGGCCCAUCAUCAGAGUUCAUUAAAGGUUAAUGAAAUUAUAGCAAAAGAAGACAAAUUUUACCGUUUAAAUGCAGAUAAAGCUAAAGCAGAUCAAAAAUAUUUUGAUGCUAUGAAAGCUAAAGAUAAAUUGACAAUUGAAAAUAAAACUUUAAAACAACAGAAUUCUAAAGCAGGUGAUAUUAUUAUUAAACUACAGGAAGCUGAAAAGAUUACAAUGCAAAAAUUAAUAAUUUUAGAAAAACAAAUAGCUAUUCUAAGACCAGCUAACGAAACUCUUAUUUCAAAAGUUCAUGAACUUCAAUUAAAAAUUGAAGAAAAGGAUCAUAAUAUAAAAAAUAUCGGACAACAAAUCUCUAUGCUAAAACAGCGAUUAAUAGAACAAGAAAAUAUUACUAGUACAGAAAUAGAUUCUAAAAGAAUUGCAGAAGAAAAAAUCGAAAAACUUAAAAUACAAAUUCAAAGAAAUAAAAACCAAAAUACAGUUAAUGGCGAUAUAGACGAAUUAAAAAUAUAUAAAAGUAUGGCUAAAUGUUCAGUAUGUGAAACUAAAUGGAAAAAUACAGCGAUAUCCCUUUGUGGACAUAUAUUUUGUAAAGAAUGUAUAAAUAAACGCAUAGAAACUCGACAACGUCGUUGUCCUUCAUGCAAUCGGGGUUUUGGUUCUGGAGAUAUACUUCAAGUUCAUUUAUAA